AUGAGACUCAGUCGAUGUCUACAAACAUAUUCAUUACUCAAUAAACUUGCUAGUACUGCGAUCACUACAAACUAUACACGCUCAUUUUAUCCGACAUCUAUUCUAAAUCAAUCGUCUAAUUCAGCAUCAACACCAAAGAAUUUCGAUCAAGACGAAGAGCAAGAUGUAGAAAAACGAUCUUCAUCGUUCAUAUCUCAGCAAUCUCCAAAAGUAAAACUGCACCCAGGCAAUCAAUUUUCUUUAGAAGAAAUUCAACAAGGUUUACACAAAACAUCAUCGCAACCAACAUCAAAAGAUAAAAAACGUGAAAUUGAAGAAUUAUAUGAAUUUGAAAAAUUAGAAUUUGAUGAUAAACCCCUUAUCAAAGAACAAUUAAGACAUCAUACAGAACGAGGCGAAACGGGUGUAUUUGAUCUUGACGAUUUAAUUGAAAUUUUACGCGAUGAACGUAUGCGUGAUAUAUGUGUCAUUGAAAUACCACCUGAAAAACAAUAUGCACAAUAUUUAGUAUUAGCCACAGCAUUUUCAUCACGACAUUUAAUGAAUACAAGUGUUUAUCUUAACAAACUGUACAAAGCCAAAAAACAUAAUAAUGAUCCAUAUUUAAAUUCAGAGACGAGAAAUGGAAAUAAAUGGCAUGCUAUGGAUAUGGGUCACAUUGUUUUACAUUUAAUGGACAGUGAAUUACGUGAACAAACAGAUUUGGAAUCAUUGUGGACUGUGGGAUCAAAAUAUGAUGAUCAAGUGGUGAAUAUUAUGACAACAAUUGAUGCCAUAAAAAAAAUUGAUGAAACACUUAAAAAUGAAGAAGAAGUACCGUUUGGAAAAAUGUUUGGUGUAUUGAAAAUGAGAGGAUCACAUGUUCGUUUUCCUCUCGAACGACCAGGCAUGUUUAUGGAUAAACCACCAGUAAAAGAGGUCCAAUAUUCUGAUAUACCACAUCGAAAACAUCAAGAUGAACCAUUGAAAGAAGAAGUAGAAAAAUCGUUUGUAGAAUUACAUAACGAGAAACAACCACCAGUUUAUGAAGGACAGAAAAUUAACUAG